AUUCCUUUUUUUUAAACUAUCAAAACCAACUUUUGUAGCGUGUCUUCAUAUGUCUCCAAGAGAAUAUAUACCAGGCGAUACUGUGUUUGCAAAGCUAAAGGGUUACCCUUGGUGGCCAGCAAGAGUGGAAAACGAUAAGGAUAUUCCUCCCAAGAUUCUAAAGCAAAAAGGUAAAUCAAAAGGUGUGUUGUAUACCGUUUUUUUUUAUGGCUCAAGAGACUAUGGGUUUUUUGGUCCUGAUUGUGUUCGUCCAUUUGAUCGUGCCACAGUUGAACGUGACUUGAAGGCUAAAAAGUUCAAGACAAAGGAUUUGGAAACGGCUAUCCAUCAAGCAUUAGAUCCUUCUAUUUUGAAAGCAGAGGAAGAGGCCGAAGCUGCAGCUGCAGCCGAAGAAAGUGAAGAGGAGGAGAACCAGAUACAAGAAGAAAGCGAGGAAGAGGACAAUAAAAAGAAAAAGGUGAACAGAAAGAAGCAAACAAAGAAAACAACACAAAAAAAGAGAAAUGCGCCCAAGAAACGAGUGAUCGAAGAAACAGAGGAUGAAUCAGAAGAAGAGAAAGAAAAGAAAAAUACAAACGGAAAGAAUAAGCGUGCUCGAACAAUUGAGGAAGGGCCAGAUGAUAACAAAAAGAGACGUAAAUCCUUAUCGACCGAAAAAGAAGAGGAAAAGAAGGAAGAGCCAGUGCAACAGACUGAAAAAACAGACAAUUUGGAACUCUUUAAAAAGACACCUGAAUACAAGCGCAUUUAUCAUAUUAGACAUAAACUUCAGAAAUUAGUUUAUGAAAAGAAGCCGGGAGAAAUUCAAAAAGAGGAUUUUGUCAAAGUGUCACAAGUUGUCAAGGAAAUUGAAGAAUCCAACAUGACAUUUGAUUUAUUAAGGUAUACCAAGAUUGGCAAAGUAGUGAAGUUUGCUUGUUCUUAUGAUUAUGGGGAGGAUGAGCAUAAGAUUAAUCAACGCUGCCAACAGCUCAUGAGAAACUGGAAAUCGCUUGUUCUUCCUGAAAGUCGUAGUGCAUCUGUAGAAGAACAACAACAGCAACAGUCAUAACACUGCGUUUUUCUUCAUAAAUGCUUAUACUCAACUAUAUAUACAACCCUACAAUUUCGUUUUCUCUUUAUUAUACAUGCACUAAAACUACACAUGCAAUCACACACACACACAUUCAAUUCAAAUACAUUUAUAUGAUUUUUUCUCUUUUUUUCCUUAAAAAAGACUAAAUUCAAUUAGAUAUCAUAUUAAAUAUACAUUCCAAUAC